AUGCAUUCGCUGCGGAGGCGGUUGGCGAAUGGUGUCGUCUCUUGGACUCACUCCGCCGCUCGUCCGUCGCCUGCGUCCGUGUGUGGAGUCCGCUCGCUCACGUACUACAGGAGGGUGAAGCAGCCACUGGACGAUUCUGGCGGCACUCUCGCGUCUCCCUGGUCCGCCCUCCAGCGGCGAGGAGCGAAAGUCCUUGGCACAGAUGUGAGUAGAGAGAUGGAAACUCUUCUAGGUUGGAAAGAUGUUGACCUCCUCUUCUGCUUGUUGGUGUUUUAUGUAUUUUCCAUGUUCGGCCAAAUAGUUACGUAAGGUAAAUUUUUGAUGAUUGCCUUGUAGUACCCGAGCAUCAGAACCCAGUUUCAUUUUCUGCGAGUUCUAUACUUCCGCACGCCUGGGAUAUCAUCCAAAGUUCGAAGUAAUAUAUGAUGAUUAAGUGCUCUGCUGUUGCCAUCUUUUGUCUAAAUAAUUUUGAACAUCACUAGGACGUCGUUUACUUUCCAUAGGUUCGUGCUAAAAUCCUCAAAUUCCGAAGCAUUCUCAUGUGACGUUCCUGUCUGCCACUGAACUUCAAAUGUUGCCUUGGAUUUUCGUGCAUCCCUUAUUCUAUGAUAUUUUUCCAUUCAUAUUCGUAUGUGGCGACCAUUACUCAACAGCUCACGAUAUAAUCAUAAUUUGACUUUCUGUAGGUGCGUCUUGGAAAUAUCAUACAGAGGAAAGGUGUAAAGUCUCAAUGAUCAAUUUUAUUAUGAAAUUCGGACAGAACCCUUGGUUAAUGAUUUUUCGCAACUAACCAUUUGCCUCUGGAACGAAUGGGGUUUGCAAUAUUUUUUGAAGGGCGUAUAUUUCAGGUAAACACUUCAUUAAAAAAAAUUAACUGGCUUUUUAUUUAUAAAUUAUUCUACUUAUUUGUUCUUGUUCUGUUAGUAAGAGGUAGGUUGCUUUAUCAACCAAACCUUUCCAAGGUUACGUAGCCGCUACUCUGGCUUUUCAAUCAAUCACGUCCAAAAAUGAAACUUAAUCCCGUAUUCUAGUACCAAUCCGAAACGUCAUUGAAAGUCUGGUCUUGUGCAGAAUAUGGUCUCAUACUUGUACUCUGGUUGAUAUAGAUGUGUCAAAAAAUCUCAAGUGGUUACAGUGCAGAAGCUUUUUAUCAAAUAUCUGACUAAGAACCAGUUUCUAGGUACUGAAGGCACAACACACGCAGCAUGGAAGAGGUGGAGCCACCAUACAGGUUUCCUUGCAAACACUUCCAAUUCUUUUAUUGAGUGUUUAUCGUUCCAGCCAUUGAUCACUCUGCUCAGGAAACAUUUUGACAAAUUCGGGUGUUACAGUUUAGCACGUAGGACUAGAUUCAAGAUGUAACGUUGCCAUAACAACCUUUGAAGAUGAUGCAUAGUUACUUCGUAUAGCGAUUACUAGAUAUGCAUUUUCUCUAAUGUAUUAUCCCCAGAAAAGUAUAUAAAUGUCACUAGAUAUAUAUCAUCUCUAUAGUGUUAUUGUCUUUGUCCUGCAGUUUAAUUGCUUUUUGUGUUAGUAUCUUCACUGUUUGAUGAUUAUGCGUCUUGAUUUUCGUUCGUUAAUGUGUUUUAUUCAUUGAACUUCAUUUUUAGUCCGCUUGUUUGAUCACUAAUUUGCUCGCAGUAUCAAACUCACUUUUUUAACAGGUUGAACUUCGAGAUGUCGACACUGGAAACAAAGUAACAGAAAGAUUCCGCACAGAUGAGGCUAUUGAGAGUAUGCAUAUGAGCCAUCAGAACUUUUUUUACGAAUUGUUAUCCUCUGCUAAAAACUAAAUAACUGCGUGAAAUGACCAACUAGCAUCCGUGGUGACUAAUUACGAUUUAGUCUCUUUCUGGCCUAAUCAGAGAAACAGUUGGUGGAAACUAUUGCAUUUAUAAAAAAUACUUCUGCAUAAUGAUGUAGGCACUGGGGCACCAGAUCCGGUCAUGUUGGCUAUGGGAUUUACAAUAAGCUGAUACAUGAGGAUGGGGGCCUCCUAUAGCGUUAAACCCUAUCCUGUCCCAUGGAUCAUUGCGAUCCUUUAAAACUGGUGCAACUCUGAGAUGGGUCCACAGUGUGUUGGAUUGGCUGUUGGGCCACACCAGAUCAUUCGAUGUGGUUGAGGUGUCGUGAGAGGAUAGAACUAGCACGCCCAAUGUACUGUUCCCUCAGUCUGGUCCAACUUACGCAAUGUGAUCCAACGCAUUAGGUUGAAGACCUUUCCAAGUUAUUUGAACCUGAACUUUCCGAUGGGACAGUCCCUCUUCCCGACCAUGCUUGUCAGACUCGAAAUGGAUCAGUCUGAUCCAUGUCUGCUAAGUUUCAAAGCCCUAAAAUCCAACCAAAGGCCAAUAUGUAAUAAAUACUUUAGUUGCAUUUUCUUUUGGAAUAAAUACUUUGGUGGAGUUGUGUUGAUUAAAGUGAAUAAUGUUAUUUAUUGCUCAUUCAAAACAUCCUGGAGUACACUGUCAUUAAGAGAUGAGUAUUCCACUCUCUAAAAGUCUAAAUGGAGAUUUUUCAUCAAAGAGUACUCUUUGGUCUCACCUGACAUAACUGUCUACGAAAGCUGAUAGGACACCUGAUAUUUCAGUCGUUCGACAUUCUGACUUUGGCAAAACUUACCUAUCUAUAAUCAUUUUGAUGCAUUAUCAUUCUAAAGCAAGAAUGCACAUCUUGUCUGUUUCAUGUUUGGAUUUAUUUUUAAAGAGGAAAUUGCACAGAAAUGUGGAGAUUUCUAAUUAAUAGAACCACUCACUCUUUCAUUAUGGUUCAGAAGUCUUUGUUGAAGAGAAGUCUUUCACAUUUUUGUACCAAGAAGGUGACUCUGUGAUGAUUAUGGAGUGAGUUUUCUGGUGUACUUUAUUAAUCUUCCCUUUCAUAAGUUAUUUUUGUCAUUGCAUAGAUCGUAAAUAAUUUCUUUCUUAAGCUAAGCUUUAUCUCUAAUUUCACAGACCUAACACGUAUGAGCAGCUGGAACUGCCAAAGGAUUUCUUUGGAAAGAAUGUUGCCUAUCUGAAAGGUAACUUACCUAAUAUCUUCGCAGUUCAUGAAUCCGUUAGCACUUUAUAUUCACCUUUUGGCAUUACCUGUGGGAUAUACGUGCACAUGCUGUUGAUGGUUACCUCCUGUCUUUUAGAGAAACUUGGGUUGAUGUCAGGUUGGUAAGUAAUAUUAUUCUUAUUUUGGCGGUCCAUGAAUAAUAGCGCACUGCAUGGGCUUUUGUCAAUAUCAAUGCCAUAUGUGCUAAUGAUUUAAUCAUAUUUUCAGAGGAACUUGUUUUGAUGUCAAGUUUAUAAGUAAUCAGUUUUCUGGUCGACUUUUUGGGAACUAUACAGGAUUCUAGUGGACGUCAGAUUGAUGAUAUAAUGUUGUAGGACAUCACUUCAAGAAACGAGAAAGGCGAAGCUUUUUGGACCCAGGUGACCCGAAAACGUACAAACGUGGACCAAAAUGUUUGAAGGUCCAAAAUAACUUUGAACCAGUAUUCAAACAGUUCGACCCAAAAACACGUGGAUAAUGCGUCAGAUUUGUAGGGUAGUAGCUGUUCCUUUUCUAUUUUCUUUAAUCUUUUUUUGUUAAUUGGUUCGAGUUUUAAGCACGGUUAGAAUAGAUUUUGAUUUAUUUAAAGGCUUGAACGCUGUAAUUUCAGAGAUGACCAAUAAUACGAAUUUCUUUCUCGUUUUGAGAUUUCUAUGUGCUUGUGGAUUCAACGUUUUCUGAUCCUUGUAGAUUCAAGUAUCCUUUAAAAAUGAAUCCUUGUGGUUUAAAGGAUUGAGGAAAUUCGUGCAUUAUUGAUUCAAGGCUCGAUUGAUUGAUAAUUUAUUGAACAUAUAUGACUCGUGUUGACAAUAUUGGUGGCGAGAAAAUAGUUGAUAAUCUCGCUUUAACGUUACAGUUUGGUCUUGGAAUUUGAACUUUGAUAUAUUGUGAAGCAGAUAACAUGACAGUGACAGUGCAAUAUUUUGAUGGGAAGCCCAUGUCAGCAUCAGUUCCACAACGAGUGACAUGCAAAGUUGUUGAAGCACCACCUUAUUCCAAGGGGAUGACGGCCACUCCGCAGUAUGACUUACUAUACUUUCAAUUAUACGUUUAGACAUGGGUUCAUUAUUUUGUGUAAAAUUCAUUUCCGUGAUGAUACAAAUAUCCAAAUUUGUUAUCAUCUUAUCACAUUUCUGAAGACACUGGAUAUUAACCUUCUUCAUCUGUAUCAUUUCUGUUAUCAAUUUUCAUUUAACUUACCUUUGAACAGUAGAUCCUAGAGUUCUGAUCGAUAGCAUGUGUUGAUAUCAUCCAUGUAUUGUUGUUACUUGCCUUUUUAUGCAAUACAAUGCUUUUAUUUUUCUUUCUCAAAUCAUGCCCACUGAGUUAAUGGCAGAUUAAUAGAUGACUGGUAUGUUCUCGUAUUUUUUUAGAUGUGCAAAAUUGUCUCUCUAUGUUUGCGAAUUUGAAGCCAAAUGGCAUCUGCAUGUAUGAAAUAGAAGUAAGACAUGUAAUAGACUUUGUUCCAAUUAAUUUAUGCUGAUGUUGUCAUGCCCAUGAUAAUAAAAAGGUUUCUUAGACUAACAGAGCUGUCAUAGUCCUUUAGCUCAUGUAGAGUCUAUGGAUUCACCUAAAAUUUGGGCAACAAGUCUUCGUUCAUGCUCGAACUUUUCUUUCCUCAAAUAUGGUCACCUCUUAUGGGUUAUUGUUGUACAAGAACCUAAUAAGAAAAUAAAAAAACUAUGCGUAAAAUUAGUAAUGUCAACAUGAAGUGGUUCAAUAUUAUUUAAAAUUAAUGUCAAAUUCAUGGAAAAAUGUGUUGAAACAUUACUUCUCAUCUUGGCAAACAUUUUCUUGUUCUUUUAUUUUCCUGCUGAUAUGUAAUAUAAUGCCAUUUCGGUACAACGUUGUGAGAUUAUGUAAUAGCAUGCUGCUUGUCAUGCUGGUAGACUUUUAACUCUUGAAAAAGGUAUCCUGAGCUUGGUUGCUUGAUUGGGGUUUGAGUACUAUCACUUGUUUCGUCUUCAUUUUCCUAUUGCCUUUCCUUUUCCCUGGGAGAAGGGUUGUACUAAAAAUAUAAAAAAAUCCAAUUAGUUUGUCUUUAUUCAAGAGCUGGUCAUUUCUCUCCUAUACGUUAAUUAUUAACAAAUGAUGAUGAGUUGUGAGGUAGGCGUUUGUUGGAUCUUGAUAUCUUUGUGUUGAUUACUGUUUUUUUCUCUCCCUAUACUGCUUUUCAGUUUAAUGUGUUCAGCUUCUGUUGCUUGUAAUUUCUGGAUGUGUUUGGACUUACGAAUCGUUUUAUAGGUACAAAAGGGUCAUGGUGGACAAUGGACUUACCAUUCUCGUAAGUUGACUUACUGCCAGUCAUUUGAAAGCGCCUCUUCAUUGGACUGACCCUUAUAUUUGAGCCCAGUAUUUGCAAAUCUAACGGCUUCACUCUCACUUGGCAUGAUUGAUGAUGUGACUAUGUUCAAUCAUCCAUACACGUGAUCUUAAUCGCCAUCUCCCUGGCAUUAUGAUUUCCCUUUUAGAAGAGUAAAUGUAUAGAAGGGCUUGGGAAAAGUGGUGAAAGGACAUGAACUUUUCUUGGCCUAGCAUGGAGUGCCUUUGAAAAAUGGGAGGAAAAAAUCUGGAGACAAGACAGAAUACCUCAUCCUUCAAGAACAUCGUGGUGGAUUUUCAUUACAAUCCGGGCAAUAUCUCAUGUAUUUUCAAUUUUCAGUUUAACUUGACGAUGAUAUAUUAGGAGGGUUUUCGUGAUGUUAUGGUAUCGGUUUCUUUCGGCUAGAAGCAAACUCUGAUAAGCCAAUGUUUUUCAUUAAUUUUUCUCUCAAUCAUAUGCUUUUCAGGCGCCAUCUCACAUCACAACCGGUGAUGAAAUCAUCAUCAACACAACAGAUGACUCGUAUAUUACUAGGUACUACUUUCUAUCCUUGAAAUAUUUAUGCUCUCACGAACCUUUGAACCUAGAUUUUGAUUUAAAAGGAGAGUAUGAAAACUUGACUAGGAUGGAAGCCACAGAGGCGUCUUUCUCCAGAUGGUACCAAAUGUUUUUUAAUGGUCUCUCAUUUCAGAGCAUUGUUCGAAAUAUGUGACCAAAGUUUUCAUUGCAUGGAUUUUUGUGUAGUACUUAAUGCGCAUAUGAUUACAUCAGCAGCGUAUAAUUUCUACUUUUAGUGAAAUACUCUCUAGUUCCAUAAAAUUCUUAAAUUACUUUUAUUCAUAAAUUAAAAGACGUUAGAACUAGACAGGGAGAUGGUACUGAAAUUUGUGAACUCAAUAAAGUCCGAGGCAUUUCUGAUCUAAAUAUUUCUACUGAUCCCUAAAAGAGAUGUCAAUUCCUGGAAAUUUCUAUCCCUGGCACUUAACAUCGUUCUUUCGUUAUCUUUACCUACCCAACUUCUCAAUUUAUUUCCCCUUCUCUGCAUCAAAUGUUUUCUCUUUAAGGAAACUUACCGCAUCCAUCUCUGUUGUGGCAACACGUGCAUUAACAGAGAAAUUCCCAAAUGGAUAGUGAACGUAUUUAGGGCUGUGAAUUGAGGUUAAUGGGGUCACCCAGGAGCUUUUCUCAUGUAGCAUCGGAUUGACCUAACCGGCAGCCCACGGCCAUUCCUAAUGUUCAGAUUUUAUGGUCAUGACCAGUUUUCAAUGCACCUACUGCCCCAUCCACCACCACCAUCAUCAGGUACUUUGCAUGCAUCUUCAUUUAUUUAUUUUUGGCAUCUCAAUCUGUUUAAUGCCAGGAUUAAAAAUCAUUUCUCAUCUUUGGAAAUUUUCCAUAGCCAUAGAUCUCUUCAAUAAAUUAAUAAAUAAAUCGCAAGGUUAUGGCCAGAGGUGUAUUUAUUGCCAAGAACAUGAACCCUAAUUUAUCCGGUCAUGACUUUGCUCAACUUGUAUGAUAUGGAAAAAAAUGAUUGCAACAACUCAGAAUUAGUUCGUGAAUUUAUUUCUUUAUUUAUUUUUUAUGUCUUCAUUCAAUCAGCCCGAAUAACACUACUCUCAUCUUGUUUCAUGCGUUGACUAAUUACAGGGCUAAAGAAUGAGAGUCGAUCAAUCCCUCAGUGACAAGCUUACAGGACACGAGAUCAGGCGGCGGCAUGCGAUCCAGUUUGAUCCGCUGUGAGAAAUCUCUCCCUUCUUCUGAUCGAUUUAUUUCUGAAACAAACCAACCUAUCUGUUCCCUCGCGGAAUCAUGGGCAAGAUUAAUCACUGUUGAAGAAGGCAACUGUAAGUUAUGGCGGAGAUAUAACCGCCCGCUGUACUCUCGGAUCGCUUAG